GGUCAGCCAGCAUCAGUCCUUCCUUUUUUAUUCCAGAUGCUUGGUCCAACAUAUGUAUCCGUAUAUGCGAAUAUUAGAAAAUGGCAGUCUUUAUUUACCCCCUUUUAGUAGCGACCAGAUUAGAGAUGAUAUCCAUACUACAACUUAUCGGUGUUUAGCUUCUAACUCAGUAGGCAAAAUAGUUUCUAGAGAAUGUAAAUUAAGGCCAGAAAUUAUAACUGAAUUUUAUGCUACUGUGGAAAAUUCCUUUACGGCAGAGAGAAAUGUAGGAGUUCUGCAUUGUCAAAUACGAGGUGGAUCUGGAAGAGUAAAAGUGGUAAACUGGCUUAAACAAGAACCAACUGGACACCGGACUGUCCUUGUGCCUGGUUCGAGCUACUCUGUAACAAGUUCAGGGUCACUACAUAUUAGGGCAACGACUAUGAUGGAUACACAAGCGUCAUAUUACUGCCAGACUGUCCAUACACUUACAGGAGAGCGCAGGCUUAGUUCUCCCGGGAGAAUAUUUAUAACUGAAAUCGAAUCAAAUACUGCCCCACGAAUUGAACAUACAUCCACAAAUGUUUAUGUGAGGCCAGGGAGCCCUGUUGAUUUGCUUUGCCCGGCUCAAGGUUCUCCUCCACCCAUCUACAGAUGGUAUAGGGAACAUAGUGGAAUCCUUGAUGAAAUACACAGAGGAUCACUAUCAAUAAGACCUCUCGAUUCUAUGCUCUCAUUUGCUAAUGCCCAAAGGCAAGAUAAUGGGCAUUACAUUUGUGUUGUAAGUAACGCUUUGGGAGAAGAUAGAAAAAAAAUUAAUCUUGUCAUCAGUAUUCCCUUGUCUGUUACUAUUCGGCCAGAUAGACAGGUUGUUGAUGGUGGAAGCAUGGCGACAUUUAACUGUUCCAUUAUAGGCGGAAAUGGAGGGCAUAAUGUUGCAUGGCUCAAAGAUGGUAAACCGAUUCAUGACAAUAGUGAUGUAAGACUUCUAAGUAAUGGAGAGGUCCUUUUACUGAAGUCUGUCAAACACGAUGAUGGAGGAAUGUACCAAUGCCUUGCAAGGACCUCAGAUGAGACUGAGCAGGCGACUGCACAACUUAUAUUAGGUGCACUCCCACCUAAGUUCCAAAAAACAUUCAUAGAACGAACAGUUCAACCUGGGUUUCCAGUAUCUUUAAGCUGUCUUGUGUCUGGUACACCUGCACCCAGAAUUUCUUGGUUAUUGGAUGACAAUCCCUUGCCUCCAGAGACCAGUUAUAUUGUUGGAUCCUCACCAAAUUUAAAGGGUUUAGCAAUUAGCUUCCUAAACAUCACAUCAGCAAAAGUACAGCAUGGUGGCCUGUAUUCCUGCUCGGCUAAAAAUAGCCUCGGAACCAUUGUCCAUUCUGCAUCCCUUAAUGUUUAUGGGCCACCAACAGCAAGACCUCCAUUGAAUUUAACUGCCGUUGAUAGUGGAAAUGCACUUCUCCAUUGCCCAGUUGCUGGUUUUCCUAUUUCAAACAUUAUUUGGGAGUACAACGGUGAAAAGCUUUUAAGAAAACACCAGCAACUUCCAAAUGGAACAGUACUACUUAAAGAUUUGGAAAUCCAAGAGAGUGGAGAAUACAAAUGCUUGGUUCGCAACCAAAAAGCCCAGACUGCCUCAAGUAGUGUGUUUGUCAAAGUCAUGAAACCUCCCCAAAUACAAGAAUUUAAUUUUCCUUCAGACUUGCAAGAAGGCAACAGAGCACAAAUAUCCUGCACAGUGAUUUCAGGUGAUUUACCUAUGGAUAUAAUUUGGUUAAAGGAUGGCGAAAAAAUGCAAAGUGAACCAGAUGUUCAAGAACAACACCAUCCAUUUGUGAAUGCGUUACUUUUCAGUAACAUCGCGGCUAGACAUUCAGGAACUUAUACUUGUGUAGCGAGAAAUGCAGCUGCUCAAGCUAAUUAUACAUCUAAGCUUGUUGUAAGAGUUGCACCGAAGUGGCUUGUUGAACCGGUAGAUACUGCAGUGUUAUAUCAAGAGCCUGUGUUUCUACAUUGUCAAGCUGUUGGACACCCUCCUCCGAAUAUAACAUGGUUGAGAACAAGAGAAGACAGUUUAGAUUUUGUGCCUGUACCUUUAGAGGUGGACGGGUUUAUUCAGAUGGAAAACAAUGGGACAAUAAUAAUACAGUCAGCGAGUAAAAGCCACAAAGGGCACUACACGUGCGAAGCUAAAAACGGCAUUGGAAAUGGUCUAAGAAAAACUGUUCGACUGGCUGUAAAUAUUCCAGCAUAUUUUAGAGCAUUACACAUUAAUCACAGUGGAGUCGCAGGGGAAACUUUUAAAUUGUUUUGUGAAGCUGAAGGGGAUUUACCUUUGCAUAUUUCAUGGGGAGAAUCGCCAAGGUUAGUUUUGCCAACACCCAUAGCAAAAGUGACAGCAACUGGUAUGACUUCUGAAAUAGAGCUUCGCGACCUGUCAUCUUACGAUGCUGGAAAAUAUCACUGCAACGCUAGAAACGCUUAUGGAUUUGAUAACAUGGUGGUUGAAUUAAUAGUCAUGGAAACUCCUGGUGCGCCUACCAAUGUUGAAGUUUUUGAAGAAGGGAGCAGAUGGGUUAAUAUACGUUGGGAACCUCCUGGGCCAUCAGGAACACCCGUAAUACAUUAUGUUAUUCAGUUUAGAGAACAUAACACUAACAAUAUUUGGAAUAAUAUGACUGUUGGGGGACAAACUCACAGAAUUAGAUUAGGCACUCUGAUAGCUAACACUGCAUAUGAAGCACAAAUAUUUGCAGUCAAUAAAGUUGGCGUUGGGCCUAAAAGUUCAACAGUUAAAUUCUUAACAUUGCAAGAAGCUCCAACAAUGACCCCAACUGAUAUUACUGUGGAAUUGAUUAAUUUCAAGAAUUUAAAAGUUCAAUGGAAGCCAAUCAAUGAAAAAGAAAGUGAUGUCAGAAAUAUAGCUGGUUAUCAGGUUGAAUACAGUGAGCUCGGUGAUACCAAUAAAUUGUAUAAGACUGUUUUUGGGCAAAAAGUCAACUUAGCAAUACUUGAAAAUCUAAGAAACUUUACAAAGUAUGAAAUAGCUGUACGAGCAAUAAAUUAUAUUGGGCCUGGUCCAUCCACUCCUGUGCUUAUAUUUACAACACUUGAAGGUGUUCCUGAAGCUGCUCCAACAGAUUUGAGAUGUGCGGCCUUAUCAUCUCAUAGUAUAAAAAUAAAAUGGGAACCACCACCUAUUAAGUAUCAUAAUGGAGUCAUAUUGGGUUAUAAAAUUUUUUACAAGAUGGCUUCUGAGCUCAAAGUGACAAAGACUACAAAUUUAGAAACACACCUUCAUGCUCUAAUACCAUCUACAAAUUAUACUGUAAGGGUUCUCGCAUAUACAGCUGUAGGCGAUGGUGAAGUCUCUGCUAAUGUGUACUGCACAACUGAUGAAGAUGUUCCAGGACCUCCUGGUAACGUCAAAGCCUUAGUGGUGACAUCGAACAGUGUAUUGGUUACAUGGUCAAUACCAUCUCAACCAAAUGGUCAAAUCAUCCAUUUCAAUGUGUAUAUAAGACGUUCAAAUAAUGAAUUGCAAAAAGAUAUGGUAUUUGGAAGCAAAACUCUUGUAUAUGAGUGCAGAAAGCUCAUAGAAUUUGAACGCUAUGAAUUUUGGGUUACAGCAUCCACAAGUGCUGGGGAAGGGGCAAAGAGUAAUAAAGUAUCUCAAAUUCCACUAUCAAGAGCACCUGCACGGAUCGUUUCCUUUCCUAGUAGACUUGUCGGAGGAGUGAAUUCCAAUUUAGCACUAGAUUGUUAUGCAGUUGGACUCCCUAGCCCAGUUAUUUUAUGGAAAGACAAAAAUGGGGUGGAGUUGACCAAUAACAAUAAAAAUUACAGAUAUAUCGUUGAAAACAGUUUAAUAUUAAAUCCAUUGAGCCUUGAUUAUUCUGGAAAUUAUACUUGUACUGCGAAUAACGUUUAUGGAAUGGAUGAAAUUAUGUAUGAGGUGGUAGUGCUAACGUUUCCAAAGCCACCAAAAGUCUUGGUUGUAUAUACAACAAUAAGUAAAAUAAAAAUUCACUGGAAAGUUUCAAUGGAUGACGUACAACAUAUUACCAGUUUCAUUGUGAAUUACAAAGGACCAGAUACUGAAUGGAAACAAAUAACUGUUGAACCAGAUGAAAAACAAUAUACACUAAGGGGUUUACGGUGUGGAAGUGCCUAUCUCAUUACAGUUCAAUCAUCCAACAAAGUUGGAACUAGUGACCCAAGUCCAAUAACUGAAGCAUUUACGCAAGGAAGUGUUUCCAGGAUGCCGGAUAACAUUCAGUUCAUACUGUCCAAUUCCACUACUGCUACAGUCUAUAUGGAUUCAUGGCCAAUAAACGGAUGCCCCAUUUUGUAUUUCACAAUAUCAUAUAAGCUGCAGGAAAGCAACUUUUGGACCAUUAACAAUCAAAAUAUAUCAUUCCCUCAAAACUUUGUACUUAGAAAUCUUACACCAGCGAAGAAGUAUGACUUGUAUAUAAAGAUAUUCACUGAAGCAGGAUAUAUUCUCCAAGAAUUUGAAUUUGCUACAAGAACUAUAAAUGGAGAAUUAUUAUCAAUUAAAUCACUACCAGCAAAUACAACUAAUAUGUUUACUUCUACGUACUAUAUCGUUCCAAUUGGAGGAGGCAUUAUAGGUACAUUAAUCUGUGGAUUAUGUCUUUACCUCAUCUUACAAAAAAGAAGGUGUAUGCCUCGAACUGAAUCUAAAAAUUUAGUUGAAGUAGGCACACAAGAAAACGAAGUAGAAGAUGCGGGUAGAAUUUUUUCUCCAUCUCCGACCAGAAAGGUCAAUUCUUCACUGAGUGCAAACAAAGGUAGUGACACAUCAGGUGGAGCGGAAUAUGAAAUCAGUCCAUAUGCAACUUUUAAUUUACCAUACCAACCCGUAACACAUCAAAUGAAGUUUCAGACAUUUAGCCAACGUGAAUGUUAUGAAGCUUAUAAGCCCAAAGAAUAUUAUGGCUACCAUGCUAGAGCAAGAUCUCGUUCGAGAUUAGGUACAUCAAAGAGCCCUCCUGAUGGCCUUAGUCUCGAAAUAUCUUGCAUCUCAAGUCAGCAAAAAUUGCCCAUAGAAAGAACAAGCCAUUGUGAGGAUGAAGAAGAUAUGUUUCAUCUGAGAAGAGCUACAACAUCAUUUAUGUCAGACUCCGAAAGCAGUGGUGAAAAACAUCCUAGAUGCCAUCGAACGCUACCGCACAAACAUAGGCCAGAGUCGACGGUUUUUGAACAUGAAUCAAGCACAGAAUCAGCAGAAAUGUCACCAGAAUUGUCUCGGCGUUCCAGAAUUAGGCGAGCGACAUCUUCUCACAGUUCUUCCAGAACUCCAGAAAGCUUCAUGUGGAAACCAUCAACGAGAUUUUUAGUAUGUCCAGACCAGUUUGAAUUGAAACAAGACAAAUUUCAUCAAGAAAUAUAUUACGAAGAGAUUGAUGGCCAUCAGAAUUACAUGGUAAAAAAAUACAGGCAAAAUAAUGUAACAAGUGAAUCAAUAGAACAUGGAUUUGAAAGGAAAAGGUUCCAGUCCCAUGGAGAUAAGGAAGAUUAUGCCAUACAUGUUUAACUACCUCCCCCUCCAAAAACCCCGAAAUUAAAGUACAUCGAAGCCACAGUAGCGUAAUUUCUGGCUUCAUAUCUUCAGAGCUUUACAAGCCACCAGCAACGUGCUCAAAGAUAUUAUAUUAAUUGAUGUGUUCUUGUAAUUACAAUUAUGUACUUCAUAAAUGUUUAUAUAUGUUUCAAUAAAUGUCCUUUACUCUA